UUGUCUAUAAAUGCUGGCUUUUGGAUCUCCUCGUCUCCCAUCACUCGCUUCCGCCUCCGCUCCUCCUUGUGCUCCUGCUCCAAGAGAUCGAAGAUGCAUUCUACUUUAUCGCCGUCUUCGCCCACGAUCAUCACGCUGAAGCCCGUCGAGGCGACUCCGGAGAACUUCGCCCCCUUCGGCCAGGUUAUCUCCGCUUCAUCCGAUAGAGAUAGAUUCGGCCCUCAGGACGCGCAGUUGGAGCUCCAUCGCGGCAUUCCUAGGUUAUACAUCAUGAAACUAGAAGAUCAACCUCUUAAAUUUCCUGCCAUCACUCAUCAUGCAAGCGUUACACAGUGUCUUGGCUCAAUUGGUGGUGACGAGUGGUAUCUAGGCGUUGCUAAGCCAUCUGUACUGAAGGAAAGUGAAAUUGGAAAUGAGGAUGGAAGAAAACCUAUUAAGGCUCGCUGUGGACAUUACUACAUUCCCCCUAAUCCUAAUGAAGUUUGUGUUUUCCGAUUUUCUGGUCCUAAAUUUGUGAAACUUAAUGUUGGGACAUGGCACGCAGGGCCCUUGUUCAAGAAGAAGUCAAUGGACUUUUACAAUCUUGAGCUAAGUGACACAAAUGUUGUGGAUCACACACCAUAUGAUUUUAGGAUGACCGAUAACGUGGUAUUGGAGAUUGAAGAUUGAAGAGUUUUUUUUCAUGGAGUACUACUUAGUCCCAUUAUCUGCGUUGCUUAUAUGUAUGAAGGAAUCUUUAACUUCAACUUAAUCAUGUGUCGGUUCAAAUAAAUGCUCGGAUUACACUGGAUGCUGGUAGUUGUAUUCUUGAUUCUGUUGUAUGCUUUGUGUUCAUGCUGGCAGUGCAUGCACACUGACUGGGGAAAAUGCAACUUUUGUGUUUUUAGCAUGAUGAUGAAGUUUUUAGCA